AUGCGUUUUUCAAUUAAACAUGCAACCCUUGGUAGUGAACGUAUUGGUACGUUAACAGGAUUUGUUAAAUCUCCGGGCACUGUUAUUGAAACUCCGACAGCAGCUCUAUUUACUCAGGGAGGCAGUGUACUGCAUCUAACCGCAGAAGUGUUAGCCAAAGUAUUUUCAACUCCACAACUGUUAUGGGUGCCGGUUUCAAACUCUUUACAACUAGAACCUGGUAUGAAGGCUCAAGGAGAAGGUGUGGCUAAAUUUGCUGGCCUUCCGGAACAUUUAACUUGUGUAUCAGCUCAUAAUAUGAGUGAAGUAACUCCUUCAGGACAUUUUGAACUUGAUAAAGUACCUUUGUGGACCAAAAAUGGGAAGAAAAUGGUUAAUGCAGACAGAUAUAUGGAUUUGAUGGAAGUAUACAAACCAGAAAUAAUUUUGGCGAUUGCAGAUGGCCGGACAGCACUUAACGAGGGUUAUAAGAGAAUUAUGAAGUCCCUGGAUAGAAGCUGCAACAUGCUGGAUACUUGUGUGUAUCGAUAUAAGGCCUCAAAGCAGCUUCGACAUAGUGGCCUAAUUGGUGUAGUAGUAGCCACGGGAAUGCCAAAGAAAUUGAAUGAAAGCAUAGAACAUGUACUGAAAUACAAAGAUGAUCUUACGGGAGUCGCUUUAGCUGGUGUAACUGAUGCAACUGAUGAAUCUAAUAAAUUAGCAUUGGAGAAGAUAGAAAGUAUUUUUAAAACUGUUAGUGAUAAAUUACCAAAAGACUUAUUACGAGUAAUAGAAGGCUGUUGGAACCCAGCAGUCAUAGUAGCAGCGAUAGAACAAGGGUGGGACCUUUUCGACGGGUCCUAUCCAACGAAAUUGAGCAACGCCGGCCAUGCAUUGGCACUGAACUUCGACACCAAUCGACAGAGCACGGAGCCAUGUAUCUUAGAUCUGAAUGACGCAAGGUAUACAGAAGAUUUUACUCCAGUAUUAGAAGGAUGUGAAUGUUUAACUUGUAAGAAGCAUACAAGGGCGUAUAUCCGCCAUCUUUUGAACACGAGGGAGAUGCUCUCUUCUGUUUUAUUGAGCAUCCACAACCUUCACCACUUCGAUCAGCUGUUCGUCCACGCCCGGCAGCACAUCGCAGCGAACACAUUCCAAAUAUACAAAGCCCACAUCACCAAACAAUACGAAACAUACAAACUACCUCAAAUAACCAAUGGUGUAACCGACUUAAAAGAAAGUGAUAUUAAAAUGAACGGUACUGCGAACAUUAAGAAAAGAUUAAGCGUGAGUGACGAUGAGAUUACUAGUCCAGUAGUUAAUGGUAGUGUUUAUUAG